AUGCAUACUGAAGGGGUGAAGGUAGAGCCCUUUCCAGAGGUGACGGUCUGCGAGUUAGACCGAGGUCUGAUCAAAGCCCCUCACAAUGACCUCAUGGUGUUCAUCUUGAAAGUUGUCAAUUUAAAGGUCGGUCGAGUGUUGAUAGACAUAGGCAGCUCGUCCGAUAUAAUCAACUUAGCUUGUUUGAAAAACUUGAAGUUUCAAGAGGAUGCCAUCAAGGAUAUCUCUCAUCCGUUGGUCGGGUUUGGUGGGAACAUUAUUCACCCGGAUAGACGGAUAGACUUGCCCGUCCGAUUUGGUCCAAAGGGAGAGGGAAGGGAUAUGGUCGUUUGCUUCCUAGUUGUUAAAGAACUUGCAGGCUACAAUGUCAUCCUUGGCCGCCCCACUUUGACAUUAGCUAAGGCAGUAAUCGUCCCACAUUUAAUGCUGAUGAAGUUUGAGCAGUUUGAUGGGAAGAUCAUUCAAAGAAAUCAGAAGAUGGCAAAGGAAUGCAAUUAG